AUCAGCGAUGCCCAGGGAUGAAGGUGAAGAUCAUUUCCUGGCGGACAAAGAUAGCCCCAAUGGGCUGGAUUCCCAGCCCCUUCUUUCACCCGUCGAGGACCACGAAACUCCAAACCAUGCGAAUCCCGCCAGCGCGACCCGCAGCAGCGGACAGCCGCAUCACUCCUCUAUAUCCCAGCCGGUCCCAGAAGGACAACGACGCACCCCUCGUACCAUGAACCGCGUUCGCUUCGACCUGGAGGAGGAAACGGACGAAGAGCGUCGCUCGGAACAUCACACCCGCGACUCAGACGAUAUCUCAUGGCUCGAAGAAGAAGACUACGGCCACGGCGACGGCCAGCGGCGCCAGAUGGUCCCUUUGUUGACGGAUAUCGAGGCCCCCAGUGUCACCCUCGCAACGUCCGAUGAAUUCUUCCCGGAAGUACACCUGGAAAGUGCUCGCCCAAGGAGCGGGAUGCGCAUGGCUUUCAUGAAUAUGGCCAACAGUAUCAUUGGAGCAGGCAUAAUAGGACAACCUUACGCACUUCGCCAGGCAGGUUUGGUGAUGGGGCUGGUGCUGCUCGUCGGACUGACAGUCGCAGUAGACUGGACGAUUCGACUUAUAGUGGUCAACUCCAAGUUGAGCGGGGCGGACUCGUUCCAGGCGACCAUGCAACAUUGCUUUGGCAGAAGCGGACUUAUCGCCAUCUCCGUUGCGCAGUGGGCUUUCGCUUUUGGUGGCAUGAUCGCGUUCUGCAUCAUUGUCGGGGAUACGAUACCUCACGUCUUGGGAGCCUUGUUUCCUUCGCUAAGAGAUAUGUCAUUCUUGUGGCUCUUGACUGACAGACGGGCCAUUAUCGUGCUUCUGGUCCUAGGAAUCUCAUAUCCACUGUCUUUGUACCGGGACAUUGCUAAGUUAGCAAAAGCGUCUGCAUUAGCCUUGAUCAGCAUGGUCGUCAUCGUGGUUGCUGUCAUCACCCAGGGCUUCAGAGUGCCCUCCGAGUCGCGCGGCGAUGUGAAAAGUCUACUGUUUGUCAAUUCGGGCUUUUUUCAGGCUGUUGGGGUUAUAUCAUUCGCAUUUGUUUGCCACCAUAACAGCCUCCUUAUCUAUGGCUCAUUAAAAAAGCCGACACUAGACCGCUUCGCGAAAGUGACACAUUACUCUACAGCAGUCUCGCUUCUGACCUGCCUAGCCAUGGGUGUUUCCGGGUUUCUAUUCUUUGGCUCGCAGACACAAGGCAAUGUACUCAACAAUUUCCCAUCAGACAACAUUCUGAUCAAUAUAGCACGACUAUGCUUCGGCUUGAACAUGCUCACAACUCUUCCGUUGGAGGCAUUCGUAUGUCGAUCGGUCAUGACGACCUAUUACUUUCCCGAUGAACCCUUCAACAUGAAUCGGCACUUAAUCUUCACCUCUGCACUUGUUGUUACUGCGGUUGCUAUGGCUCUGAUCACUUGUGACUUGGGGGCAGUCUUCGAGUUGAUCGGCGCAACGAGCGCAGCAGCACUGGCCUAUAUUUUCCCUCCCUUAUGCUACAUCAAGCUUAGCAAUGCCUCUCGGAAAGCUAAGAUACCAGCCUAUCUAUGCAUUGUUUUCGGGGUAAUCGUGAUGGCAGUUAGUCUGCUGCAAGCUGUUGCGAAAAUGAUAAGUAACGAAGGUGGUGCAGCUACCUGUGCUGCCUAGGCAAGGUACUAUGAGGGGAAUUAGAUCUUGCAACCUUGUUUCUUCUUCACUGAUGUCGUAUAACUGAUAUAUAACUGAUAGACUUUAUUCAAUCCUCAUUCACAAAUUAUGUACAUAGAGAAGUGUAUGAUCAAGGUGAACCAUUCUGUCC